CAUCAAAAGAGCUCAACCCAACAAAAUGACAUCAAAGAUUCGGGGUGAGCGCUGAUCGCUUGAGAUCCCUCCACAGUUCAACCCCGCUUCACCCCUUCCAACACACCUCUCCAAAUCCUGACAUCUCACGAUGUUGGAGGGUCUUGUUGCUUGGGUUCUCAACACCUACCUAGGCAAAUAUGUCAGCAACCUGAACACAGAUCAGCUCUCAAUUGCACUUCUUAAAGGGGCAGUUGAACUGGAGAACCUCCCCUUAAGAAAAGAUGCCCUCAGAGAGUUUGAUCUGCCCUUUGAAGUCAAAGCAGGUUUCAUUGGGAAAAUCACCCUCCAGAUCCCUUUCUACCGGCCGCACAGUGAUCCAUGGGUUAUCUCAAUGUCCCAACUGAACUUGAUCAUUGGACCAGCCCAGCCACAGGAAUAUGAUGAGGAGAGAGAAAGGGAGGCUGAGAAGCAGCAGAAGAAGCAGCUGCUUAAGGCUUUGGAGAACAAGUGGAAGAGUGAAUGUGAGCAGAAAGGAGAGUCAUAUUGGUACUCUGUUACUGCCUCUGUGGUCACCAGGAUAGUUGAAAAUAUUGAGCUGAAGAUUCAAGGUGUCCACUUAAGGUUUGAAGAUGAGAUCUCCAACCCAGAGAAACCCUUUUCUUUUGGUGUUUGUAUCAAGAAUGUAUCUGCGCAAAACUCCUCCAAAGAACCGGCCCAAAAGCUGAUGCGUCAAAAGCAGUUGGAGGUUGAGGAAUUCAGUGUAUACUGGGACACAGAGAGCACCAUGCUUGGAGAUCUUCCUCAAGCUGAGAUACAGGAAACCAUGACCAAAUGUAUGCACAGCCGUGACCACCAGUAUAUUUUUGAACCUGUGUGUGCAUCGGUGUUGUUGAGGAGGAACGCUUCCAAAGAGCCAUUACGGUCUCGGCAAAACCCACGCAUCGAGGGCCAAGUGCAGCUAGAGCCCCUUUCCCUGAAGCUCUCACAGAUUCAGUAUCAGCAGAUCAUGGCUUUUCUUAAAGAACUUGAUCGUCGAGAGAGGGAGAUGGUGUUUCGCAAAUGGAGACCUAAAGUACCAGUUAUUGGAAACGCUCGGCAGUGGUGGAUGUUUGCGAUAAAUGCCAACCUGAGUGAGAUCAGAGAGAAGCGAAGAAGGAGGAACUGGGAUUUUGCCCUGCAGCGGGCUCGCGAUGCCCAGCUUUACACAAACCUCUACAUCCAGAGACUUAGGGGGAUUUCUUUAAGUUCACAGGAGGAGGAUGAAUUGGAGAGGAUUGAAGACGAACAGACUUUAGAGGAGUUACAGUGUCUCAGAGAAAUUGUUCAUGACUCCUUCCGUAAACAGGAGGAAAUUGCUGAGAGUGUAAGAGAGCCUAUGUCUGAACCACCUGCAACCUCUCCCACUGCUUCAAUACCCAAAAGUGGGAGUUCAGGUAUGAUCCAGUACCUGCAGUCCUGGUUUCCUGGCUGGGGUGGGUGGUAUGGAGGUGCAGUGAGUGGUCCAGAUGGACAGGGAGUGGCUCCAGAUGAUCUCAUUCCAAGCCCUUCUUCAUGGGAUAUGCUGGCUGACACAGAAGAGCUAUUUGACCCCUUGGAGGACUCUCAAACCUUGAACAGCUUCACAAGAAGGGACCACCUCUUUGCACGAUUAAACUUCACGUUGGAGAAAGCAUCUGUUACCCUCUUCCACCAAGACAAGUCAAGGUCCCUAUCUAAAGAGAGUGGGGUCAUUCAGCUGGAAUUUUCAGGGGUAAAGAUUGGAGUUGAGUCACUGCCUCGUUCUGAGUCAUCUCUGCUCUCUGUGCAACUUGGAGGGCUGUUUUUGAGAGACCUCACCACCCAGGACUCCAUUUUCCCUGUCCUCGUCUCCCCGAAACCUGACAAAGUGGUUGUUGCCAUCAAUCAACCCUUUGGGCAGACCAGUUUUACAGAGACAAGCAGCUCAACCUCCAGCAUUGAGCCCUCUGUCGCGCCUGUCUUUGAGAUGAUCUAUGAACGGAAUCCAGUAAGAAGUAAAUUUGAGAGGAGACUUGAAGUCAAAACUUGCCCUCUCAAUAUCAUCUACAAUCCUCAGGCAAUCAAAAAGGUUGCAGACUUCUUCUAUAAGGGCAGGGUGCACACUUCAGGUUUUGGAUACCAGUCUGAGUUGGAACUGAGGGUCGCUGAGGCAGCAAGGAGGCAAUACAACAAGCUGAAGAUGCAGACAAAGGCUGAGAUCCGGCAAACCAUAGACCAGCUGCUGGUUGGAGAGUUCAUUGAGAACAGCAAACGGUGGACAAUGAAGUUGGACAUAUGUGCCCCUCAGGUUAUCUUUCCAGAUGACUUUCAGUCAAAAGACCCCAUGUUAGUGGUGGUUGACCUUGGGCGCAUUCUUCUUACCAAUUCUCAAGAAGAUUCUAAGGCAAAAGCUAAGACCACCCAGUCAGAGGGUGAUGAGUUAAGUGAUGAGGAAUAUCAGACUCCACUAGCAACACCUCCUGAAUCUCCACCACCAGAGCUUGAGACAGAAUGCAAAGAUCAGAUGAAGUCGUCUGAUUUCAUCAACUUUAAAUCCCUCGAAGGAGCCCAGUCAUUCAGCAGAAAACUGUAUGAGAAAUACUCUUUAUCUUUCAAUGACCUGCAGAUCAUGGUAGGCCACUACAAAGAUAACUGGAAACAUCUGCAAGAGAGUGAGGUGGGGCCGACUCAUGUAGUAGAGAAAUUUAACGUGCUAUUGCAGCUGGAGCAGAGACUGCGUUACACCUCAGACCCUCAGCUCCCUGGGGCUGUUCUCUCAGGAACUCUUCCAGAUCUCAAAGUGCACAUUAACUUGGAGAAGAUGACAGCGCUCAGAAGCUGCCUGGCUAGGUUGGGCAGUCCAGAUGCUGAGGAGGACAAAGAUCUAAAAGGAGAGAGCCUUAAGUCUCCUGACCCUUUGUCACUGCGCCGUGAGUUGAUCUUUCCAAGAGAUGACAGUCAUUCAAGGCUUCAAGGCUCCUCCAAAAAUCUGACCCAGAGUGUAAUGACUCUAGAGCAGCAUACCAGAGAAGUGCUGGUAGAAUCCAGACUCCUUCUUGCGGAGUUUAAUAUCAAUUACAUGCAGCUGGGUGUAGAGAGUGGAGGUCGUUACAUAUCUGUCUUAAAGGUUUUUGGCACUAAUGCCCAUUUUGUGAAGCGGCCUUAUGAUGCUGAAGUCUCUCUCACAGUCCAUGGUCUCCUCCUGGUGGACACCCUGCAGACAUAUGGCUCUGACUUUGACCUGCUUGUGGCCUCUCACAAGCACCUUAGUUUUGAUGUGCCUACAGGCAGUUUGAGAGAGAGCCAGCCUACAUCCCCUGUCUCACCUGAUGGAAAAUCCCCAGAACCUCCAGACCUCCAAGGGAAUGCCAGAGGACCACCUUUUGAGAAAGUCUCACCUUUGAGCUCUUUCCUCAGAGAUCAGGACGCACUCAUUAAACUUGAGUACCAGUUUGUUAGCUUAGACUGCCCAUCCAUGAACUUGGACAGUUCCCUCCAGGUCACAACAAUGCAGGUCAACAAUUUGGAUAUUAUUCUCAAUCCUGAAACUAUGGUGGAACUGCUCAAGUUUCUACAACAGUCCUUUCCCAAAGAUGAAAGCACAUGGUCUCCUGCAGCACAGCAACCUUCACCACUGCCCAAUGGAGAGGACCAGGACACUUAUCAGUCUACCUAUGACCAAAACAAAGAGUUGACUGUGGAAAUUCACAGGUUAAAUGUACUGCUUCUGCGGACAGUUGCUACUGGCACAGUUUUAGGAGGUGAAAAGAAAGGCAUGAAAAUUGCCACAGCCAGUAUAAAUGGAACAAAGGUCAAUGUUUCCAUGGGAAGCAGAUUAGAUAUUAAUGGCUCUUUGGGAUGUAUUCAACUUGUAGACCUAACUCAGGAAGGUGGGAAAAGUCAAUUUGUGGUCAGCAUUGGAAAUUUGGAAGAUACCCCUUCUGCCGAGGAUGUGGCUUUCUUCUCUGGUGCUGGAAUAGCUCCCUCAGAGGCUUUGAAUUUUCGCCUUUUGGAAAAAUCCCAAGGAGAGUGCUCCCUACAUCUUCAUAUGGCAUCCCUGCACUACAACCACUCUGCUAAGUUCCUAAAGGAGCUCACUCUUUCUGCCAAUGAAGUGGAAGAUAACUUUCGCUCUAUGUUGAAGACGGCAGCUACAAAAGUGUCCAGUGUACUUGCCACCAAGACAGCAGAGUACAGUGGAAUGGUGUCCCUCUUUGAGACCCCAUCGAGGAGAUCGAGGACACAGAGUCAAAGCAACUUGAUACUAGAUCUCUUUGACGACGAGGAUGAGGACACGAUGCCUGAGGAAGAGCCAGGCUUAGACUCAUUUCUAGUAAAACUCACUCUAAACAUUAGUAUAGAAUCACCUGUUGUGUCCAUUCCUCGAAAGCCUGGGCACCCAGAGCUUCUUGUUGGUCAUUUGGGGAGCAUAACCAUCCAGAACUUUGCUGGCCAGGACUCGGAGGGGGAGAAAUUGCAAGUAGAAGUUAAAGAUAUUAGACUUUACUCUCUCAAUACAAGUCAUCUUGUCCCGCGGAAAGCAACUCGGAGUGACAGCAGCCCCAGUCAGGCACCCUUUUACAGUGGGAGUGUUAGCCAAGAUGAGCCACAGUUUACACGCCAUGACUUUUUUGAGUCUCUAAGCCGAGGAAAAGCUUUUCAUAUUCUGAAGGACACCUCCAUACAGUUGACUAUCGAGAAGGUCCCCACUGAUGAAAACACCCAGUUCAACUUUUUGUCAUCUGAUGAGACAUACCACAGCUCUGGAUUACUUAGAGUAGAGGGCAAAUUUGUCAAUGCUGUACAGGUAUGCCUGUGUAAGCCUGUCUAUGAGCAGGUUCUUCAGACUUUAGAUAACCUCUCGCUCACUGAAGUGCAGAGAGCAACACCCAGCCAGCCUCCCACACCACCUCCUCCAACCCCCUCCUCCACUAAACCACACCGCUUCCCAGAUCCAACAGGGGGGCUGUUUGCUCGUGAUCCACCACUCAAUAGUCUCUCUUAUUCCUCGCUGUCAUCUUCUCUCUCAUCUCCACACCCCCUUCAGCACCACAGUGCUCCUCUUCAGCUUCAACCUUUCACCCAAGUCAAGGCCACUUUCCGGGUCACUGAACUCCAAGUUCAGCUCAGUGGAGACCUCACCCAGGGGUGUCAGGGCCUGGUGAGCCUGCGGUUCCAGGACUUGGAAGGAGAGUUCACCAAAGAUCACCCUCACUCCCUCUCUGUCCAGAUUGCCCUUCGUUCACUUCUAAUGGAGGAUCUGUUGGAGCAAAAUCCAGACUCCAAGUACAAACACCUCAUGGUGUCCAGGGGUGCACCCAAACCCUCAACGUUCAGCCCCAAAGAAUACCUCUCCCAAUCUUGCCCAUGCCCUUCCAACGCCAUUUAUCCAGAGAUGCCGCGCUCUCUCCCAGCACAAAUGGAGGAAGCGCAAAAUGUAUUUCAGUUCUAUCAAAGACACCCCAGUACUCCCUCUGCUUCUAGUCGGAAGAGCAAAAAGGACCCAGAGUGUCCCAGCACCCCACCACCCUCUCCAUCUCGUAACACCCCUUCUCCUCGCCCACGCCCAGACUUUGAUGAUUCUUUGGUACACAUCAAUGUGCUGCUUGUGGAUAAACACCACCCUGAAUUUAAGACUAGAUAUGGCAGCAUUGGUCGCAGUGUGGAUGUGGACUUUAAUUGCCUGGAUAUUCUGGUCACGCUGCAAACCUGGGUUGUCAUCUUGGACUUUUUUGGCAUUGGCUCUAAUGCCAAUAACCACGCUGUGAAAGUGCCUACAACCCCACCACAGCCUGUACCAGGACACCCCUUCAGUAGUUCUUGUCCUGGUAAUUUGGAAGAUUUAUAUCCGGAGAUUAAUGAAGACGAAUUGGAGGAACCAGUCAACACUAAGCUAGAUCUAAAGGUCCACUCUCUAUCUCUUGUGUUAAACAAGAAAACAAACGAACUUGCAAAAGCUAGUGUCUCUAAAUUGUUUGCUCACAUGGAAAUGAUUGAGGGGGACCUAGCACUGCAGGGCAGUCUUGGCAGUCUGUCACUGAGUGAUCUGACCCCUCAUGGGGAUCUGUACAGAGAACGUUUCACAACCCGUGGUGGGGAGGCCCUCGUCUUCAACAUAUACAAGUACGGUGAACCUGACCCUUACCUAAAACGGGACUGUGAUAUGAAGGUGUCAGUGCAGAUGGCCUCAGUGCAGUAUGUACACACACAGCGUUUCCAAGCCGAGGUGGUGGCUUUCAUCCAGCACUUCACCCAGUUACAGGAUGUCCUGGGCAGGCAGAGAGCAGCCAUAGAAGGCCAGGCGGUGCGUGAGCGGCCUCAGCGUGCAUCCCGCAUGCUUCUGGACAUUGAGGCAGGUGCACCUGUCCUCCUGAUCCCAGAAAGUUCCCGUUCCCCACACCUUAUAGUGGCAAACCUGGGACAGCUGCGUGUGCGCAACAGUUUCCUCCCUGCUGGCGCCCAUGGCACCUUCUCUCUUAGAGAUAAGGUAGAAAAACUUACCAUGGCACAUACCUUUUUCCCCUCUCUGGAUCGUGUGAAGAACGCACAGCCAACCACUGGACCCAGCAAGUCAAACACGGAGGAGUCUUCAGACAAGACCAAAUCGUCAAGCAGUACAGCAUCUGGGUUUACCUUGGGACGACCCCAGCCUGGCUUGGGAGUGAUCCCUGAAGUAGAUCCCCCAGAGAGCCAUGUAUGCCUGUUAGACUGCAUUGCUCUGGACUUGCAAGAAAUGGACAUUUUUGCUGCUGAACGGUUGCCGUGUGAGCCAUGGGACAGUGCUGGGAAGCAUCAGGACACAGAACUGGUUUUCCCCUCUUUCUCUGUACGCCGCACAGGAGACAACCUGUUGAAGGAACGAUGCCAUCUCAAGCUGAAAGUGGAGCGAAACCUAGACAAGGAGCUGAGUCAUGCAGUCCCAGACAUGUCCAUCCAUGGCAAUCUGUCCUCAGUUCAUUGCUCCCUGGAUCUGGAGAAGUACCAGCUGAUUCGUAACCUGCUUGAACACAACCUUGGAGAACCAGUGGAAGAGUUCCUCAGACCCUACAAUCUUCAGGACCCCAGCACCUAUACUGUCCUCAGUGGGGAUGUCUACACAAGCCUCUCCUUGCUCCUGGACAUGAUGAACGUCAGUUUGGAGUUACUGGAUGGGCCCAAAACGUCUGGGCACAAGUCAUCAUUGGCCAGAUUUGACUUCAUGAAAUCCAAGCUGCUGUUUGAGAGUUUCUCCAGUGGUUCCAAGUCUGUGAACCUAGUGUCACAUUCACUCCUUGCCUAUGACACACGGUACAGUGGGGCUGUCAGUGCCACAGCCAGUAAGCACAACGUCUUUGAGUGCAUUCUGCAGCCCUCAAGGACUGGCGCUAAUCGAGCUUCCCUGCAGCUGGAACUGCACUACAGGUCCACACGGGACUCUUCAUGUUUCACAGUUGUUCUGAAUAACCUCAGAGUCUUCCUCAUCUUUGACUGGCUACAACUGGUCAGGGACUUCUUGCGUAUGCCCGCAGAGAAAGGGGCAGCUCCACCCAGGCAGCGCUGGCCAAGUGGCAGCAGUGAUUCAAGUACCACAGGCACUGUCAUGCCCAAAACGGUUAAGAGUGGCGUGGUCACGAAACGGUCCACGGUACCUGUCACUCAAGACAAACAGCUGGAGGUCAAGAUCAAUGUUACAGGAACUGAAUUUGUAGUCGUGGAAGACUCCUCAUGUUUGGAUACCAAUGCCAUCAUUCUAAAAGGCACUACUGUGCUUACCUAUAAGCCACGCCUCUUGGACCGCCCCUUCUCAGGCAGCUUAGCUGGCAUUGAGGUUUUUUCAUGUCGACUAGGCAGUGAACAAGAGACAGCUCUGUCCAUCAUUGACCCUGUUAAUGUGCAAGUGGAGCUCUGUGGGAGCCCAACCUACCAGAGCAGCUCAGGGCUGCUGGAUGCCUUUAACAUAGAAGAUUUCCCCCCACUGCUGGAGAUCCAGUUCCCCGCUCUGGAUAUCCGUCUCUCUUACAAUGAUGUCCAGCUCUUUCUGGCCAUAGCCAAGUCCAUCCCCACCUCAGGCUCCCCCAGUACCACAGACGCUGCCCCUGACUCGCAGACGGCCAUAUCCACAGCCAGCCCUGGCUCUUCCUCCAAAGCAAAGGACUCUUUCAGGCACAAAACAGAAGCUCUACUGGAAGGUCAACUGACAAGAUUGCAAGACCUUGGCUUCAGAAAGGAUGACUGCAAACAGGCACUGAUUCACUGCAAAGGCCAGCUGGACCAGGCAGCCACAUGGUUGCUGGAGAAUGCAGAGACCAUGUCUGGCCGCAGCAGAGUGGACUCAGACCCAGCCAGUCACCCAGCUCCAUAUCUCUCUGGGGUGGAAGUGAAAGCUGAUAACGUGUGCAUCUGCUUUAUUGAUGACUGCAUGGACUGUGACGUCCCUUUAGCUGAACUGACCUUCUCACGCCUGUAUGUGCUACAGAGGAUUGGAUCUACCCAGGAAGGCAAGGCCAGCUUCGCUCUGUCUGGAGAUUUCUAUAAUAGGGAGCUCUCAGGCUGGGAGCCGUUCAUUGAGCCUUGGCCUUGUUUCCUGACCUGGCAGCAGCAGGCGGCAGGUCGUCUCCAUCCUCCACGCCUCAAGAUAGGGGUGCGAGCCAAACAGAGACUGGACGUCAACAUCACCUCAGUCUUACUGGAGCAGUACAGUACCACUAAGACCUCCUGGCUGGCAGAUUACUGCAAAGAAGACAAGCCGUCGCCACAGAACUCCGCAGCCCUGUCUUGGAUGGGCUCCUCUGUUGACCCCCCCUCCUUUGGCCAGAGUGUUCCUCUUGCCCACUUAAGAACUAGGAGCACUGCCAGCUUGACUUGCCUUGAGCAGCAGAUUCAUGCACGAGCGGAUGUGAAGCUGUCCAAGAGGAGACAGCCAUUUGUGCCCUACGCCCUGCGUAACCAUACCGGCUGCACUAUGUGGUUCGCCACCCUAACUACCACCCCAACAAGGGUGGCGCUGUCUCAUAGUGGUAGUGCUGACUCUAUAUCUGCUGUGCAUGGGCCUUGUGUGGACGACACGCACAAUGUCAGUCAGUGGAGAGAGGUGCUGCCGGGGGAAGAGAUUCCGUUUGAGUUUGAAGCACGGGACAAGCUCAGACACAGACACACCCAUGAGCUGAAGCUGCACCAGCUGCUAGUGCGUGUGGGAGGCUGGGAGCAAGUCAAGCCUGUCUCUGUGGACAAGGUUGGGGUGUUCUUCCGCUAUGCUGCUCCAGACCACAACAACCCUUCAAGCACUGUCGGCAGUCCAAUUAGUAGAACUAACAUCAUCCACCCCCACGUAUAUUUCUCGGCAUUACCUCCUGUUAGAGUUGUCUUCUCCAUCACCAUGGAGGGCGGCGCACGGAAGGUCAUCACCGUACAGUCUGCUCUUAUGGUCAAAAACAGGCUUGAGGUACCUAUGGAAGUUCGCCUGGACAGCCCUUCAGCACCUGAUAAACCUGUUGUCCUUCCUCCUAUCCUGCCUGGUGAGGCUCUGGCUAUCCCCUUACAUCUGACCUCAUGGAGGCUGCAGGCACGUCCCAAAGGCCUGGGCCUCUUCUUUUGUAAGGUUCCUAUCCACUGGACUUCUGUGGAGAGGCCAGGAGACAUCAGCAGCAGCAAGAGGGAGUGCCAGUCAGCCGACUUUGACGACAAUCUCAAACGCAGCUUCAGGUUCUGCGUGGUGAUCAAAAAGGAGAACUACCCUGACCAGCAGCCGGCGAAGACCGUGGCAGGUGGAACCAACCAGAUCUACAGGCAACCAGGCCAUACCAUCUACCUUCUGCCCACUUUAGUGCUGGCCAAUCUACUGCCCUGUGACCUUAACUACUACAUCAAAGGGACUUCAAUUAAGGGAACUAUGAAACCUGGCAAAGAGGCUGUUCUCCAUGCAGCAGACACCUCUCAGAACAUGGAGUUAGGUGUGAUGCUGGAGAACUUCCCCGUGUGUAAGGAGCUGUUGAUUCCUCCUGGCACUCAGAACUACGUGGUGCGCAUGAGACUGUAUGAUGCCAACAAGCGGUUGCUAUGUCUCACUAUUCGCAUCAUCCUCAGAGCACAGGGGGCGCUGAAGAUCCUCAUCUCUGCCCCCUAUUGGCUCAUCAACAAGACGGGACUGCCUCUGAUCUUCCGUCAAGAUAAUGGGAAGACUGAUGCUGCAGGGCAGUUUGAGGAGCAUGAAUUAGCGAGGAGCCUUAGCCCUCUACUCUUCUGUUACACUGAUAAAGAACAGCCCAACAUGUGCACUAUGCGCAUUGGUAAAGGGAUCCAUCCUGACGGUGUUCCAGGCUGGUGUCAGGGUUUCUCUCUGGAUGGAGGUAGUGGAGUGAGAGCAGUUAAAGUCAUCCAACAUGGAAACAGACCAGGGCUCAUCUACAAUAUAGGAAUCAACACAAGAAAAGGGAAGGGCCGCUAUCGUGACACACACAUUGUAACUUUUGCCCCACGCUACUUGCUUGACAAUCGAUCAUCGCACAAACUAGCCUUUUCACAAAGAGAAUUUACCAAAGGAAAGGGAACUUCAAAUCCAGAGGGCUAUAUUUCCACUCUCCCAGGGUCCAGUGUGGUUUUCCACUGGCCUAGGAACGACUAUGAUCAGCUCCUUUGUGUCAGACUCAUGGACAUCCCCAACUGCACAUGGUCUGGAGGGUUUGAGGUCAAUAAGCCCAAAUCCUUUCAUGUCAACAUGAGGGACACACUCGGGAACUGCUUCUUCCUGCGGGCUGAGAUCUCUCUCAAAGGAGCAACAUAUCAAAUCUCCUUCAGUGACACAGACCAACUGCCCCCUCCUUUCCGUAUAGACAACAUCUCUGAGGUGCCCAUCCAGUUCUGGCAGCAUGGGGUGCCGGACAUAACCCUGCACACAGAGGUGAAGGCUGGUUCAGUACUGGACUAUGCCUGUGAUGAACCCACUCUACCUCCUUACCUUACCCUUACUGUGAAGGGUGCUGGCUCCUCAGAGGUUACUGCUGACAUGAACUUCUUUCGGGAGUACAACAAACUCUACUACGAGAAUUUCAUCUACAUUGCUGCCACAUACACCUUUUCUCAGGAUGCUGAUAAGAGGCCUGUGGGGAAGAAGCGUGUGGUGAGCUGUGCUGAACUGGUGCUAGAUGUCGAGACCAAGACACAGAGAGUCAUACUGAAGAAAAAGGAGCCAGGUAAGCGGUCUCAGCUGUGGAGGAUGACCGGACAGGGCAUGCUGUGCCACGAGGGUUCCUCUCCACCACAGAGCAAACCUGCCCAGCCGCGACCUCUCAGCUCCUCUCUCGUACUGGACAUUGCAGGACUGGCUGCCGUGACCGACAACAGUUAUGAGCCUCUCAUGUUGCGACGGCCAGACCCACGCCGCAGCAUCACCCAGACGUGGCACUUCAGCUCAGGCAUGCUGACCUGUGACCUACCCAGACUGGUUGUUCAGGUGAGGGGUGGAGUGGCAGGGUUGUUUGAUGGUGCGGAGGUGGUGCUGGGGCCUGACUCAGGACCGUCAGAGGUGGCGCCAGAACAGCAGUUCAUUAACCAGAAGAUGAGACCCGGUUCUGGGGUUUUGUCUGUGCAGGUUGUCCCCGACGGACCCACACGUGUCCUGCAGAUAAGUGACUUUAACCAGCGGCGUCAGCGCGCGUCUACCAGAUCAGAAGAUGAGCAGAACAAAGACACUGCACAGAAGACGGUCCCUGAGGACGAGCUGGAGGUGUUGGUGAAUCUGGAGGAGGGUGUAGGCAUUUCUCUGGUGAAUAAGCUCCCAGAGGAGCUGGUGUUUGCGACAUUUUCCGGUAUUGAUGUGCAUUUUACACGCACCGCUGUCAGCCAGGUGCUGGAGCUCAGGGUACAGAACAUCCAGGUGGAUAACCAACUGCUGGGCACGACUCAGCCUGUAAUGAUAUGUGUUACGCCAGGCUCUGAUGAGAACAGUAUUGUAGACUCUGGCCCAGCCUUGGAGAUCAGUGCUGUCAAAGUCCCCAGCAAUCUCAUGCUUACAGAACUCUAUAAGCACCUCAUGGUUACUACUCGACGUUUCUCCGUCAUAAUCGAGGAGAAACUCUUACUGAAGCUGCUCAGUUUCUUCGGUUACGGCCAGGCAGGGGCAGAGGUGGAGAAACUUGAUGAGAACCUGUAUGAGAAGGCCAGUGAGGAUGUAGGAGCUCCAAAGCGCUAUUACUUUGAGAACCUGAAGAUCAGUCUCCCCCAGAUUAAACUAAGUGUCUUCACCUCACACAAAUUGCCUCCAGACCUCAAGGCGCUGAAGGGGACCCUGGGAAUCCCACUCAUUAGAUUUGAGGACGCUAUCAUUAACAUGUACCCCUUCACACGAGUGCACCCUUACGAGACCCAGGAGAUCAUCAUUAAUGACAUCCUGAAGCACUUCAGAGAGGAGCUGAUGAGUCAGGCAGCUCAGAUCCUGGGCUCUGUGGACUUCCUGGGAAACCCUAUAGGCCUGUUAAACGAUGUUACUGAGGGAGUGUCAGAACUCAUUAAAUAUGGCAAUGUGGAAGGGCUCAUCCGUAACGUCACUCAUGGACUCUCCAACUCAGCAGCCAAGUUUGCCGGCACUUUGUCAGAUGGUCUCGGCAAAACCAUGGACAACCGCCAUCAGAACGAACGAGAAUACAUUCGCUACCAUGGAGCCACCAGUGGAGAGCAUCUUGUGGCAGGGAUUCAUGGAUUAGCUCACGGUAUCAUUGGUGGUCUGACCAGUGUUAUCACCUCCACGGUGGAGGGAGUUAAGACUGAGGGAGGCGUCAGCGGUUUCUUCUCAGGCCUGGGAAAAGGCUUAGUUGGCACAGUGACUAAGCCUGUGGCUGGAGCUCUGGACUUUGCUUCAGAGACAGCUCAAACUGUUCGAGACUUGACCAGCCUGAGUAAUCACAGGCUGAAUGUCCAACGUGUGAGGAAGCCACGUUGCUGUCGGGGGCCCCAGGGUCUGCUCCCUCGCUUCUCCUCUGUUCAGGCUGACGGACAGGAGCAACUCUUCCUCCUCACUGACAACAUCCACAUAGAAUACUUCAUCGCUGUGGAGCCAAUAGAUACCUACUGUGUGCUCAUCUCUUCCAAAGCCGUGUAUUUCCUCAAACCCGGGGAUUAUGUCGACAGGGAAGCUAUUUUCCUCGAGGUCAAAUAUGAUGACCUGUAUCACUGCCUAGUCUCUAAGGACCAUGGGAAAGUGUAUCUGCAGCUAACAAAGAAAGCUGAAAGCACCAGUAGUGGCGUGGCCAUUCCAGGGCCGUCACAUCAAAAACCAAUGGUUCAUGUGAAAAAUGAAAGCCUUGCAGCCAAGAUCUCGCAAGAAAUCAACUAUGCCAAGAGUCUGUAUUACGAUCAGCAGCUCAUGUUACCACCUAAUGAAAAUGAAGAUAGCUUAUUGUUGGACUCUUAACUCAAUAGGCCAUUGAGUGGUAGGUGUUUUUAUUCACGCUUUCAAAGUGGGGUCCCCCCCCCCUAUUUUUGUGAUGUUGUGAAUGUUAAUCAGUUUUAAGAAAAUCUGUCACCUCCGUAGGCAGUACUUGACACACAUGCACUAGAUUCUGUUUCUUCUAAAAAUGCAAAUUAUACACCCUCAUCAAGCACAGAUUUAAAUAUGUGAAAUAUAUGCAAGUAUUUUAUCAAGUUCUCUUUAUGCAGAAUGAAUGAGGUAACAAAUAUUUUGUUUUACAAAUGUUUAUAAGAUAUUUGUCACUAGAUGUAAACAUAUAAAGAUAACAUUGUGUAUAUGUCUGUGUAUAAAUGAAACAUGUACAUAUAUAACUACACACUGAUUAACACUAUCUGCCAUGUACAUAUCAGUAGAUUUAUAAGAAGUGAAAUGAACCUGGGAUUGCAGUACAAAACUGCCCUUAAUUUCUUUUUUUUUUCCAUGUGUGUGUGUGUAUGGAAAUAUUUUGUGGUUGAAGAUUGUUAAUAAAUUGCACUGAUGUGGGGAA